AUGGCCAGCGUCUUCCGUGCGGGACUGCCUGGCGGUUAUUUUAUUCCUAAGGGUCAACCGCUAGAGCGUUUUGGGAGAGUGAAGGCGAUGAAGAAACCACCUCGUUUAAGCACGACAGACAUAAAGCUCGCUUUCUCUACUGCAUUCUUUACCGCUCUCCUCGCAGCAGCCUCUGCGAUUCCUGCCUCUAAACGCGAUAUCUUCGACCCGCCUAUUUUGUCCCCGACCACGGGUACAACAUGGCUCGUCGAGACGACUCAAACCGUCACUUGGGACACUUCCAACCCUCCCGAACUAAUCACUGGUCGUAACCACAGCAGCAUUAGGCUGACCAAGGGCGGCUUGUUCUUGCCAUUUGUUUUGGCGGACGAGUUUGAUAUUCUGUUGGGACGUAUGGACGUUAAGGUUCCUCUUGUCGCUGAAGGUGACGAUUACGCUGUUGCCCUCUUUGGCGACUCCGGAAACGUGGGCAAAGAAUUCAGCAUCAAGGGUGGGCCUGCCAACUAA